AUGGCGACAGCGGUGUCCAAGAACGUGCAAUUAGCACUGGCGCUUCCAGCGCGACUGCGGACUUUCCUCGCACGGUAUCCUCCCGCCUCGAUCCUGCCCGCGGGGGUCGACCCCGAGACACACAAGACAGCCUACCAAGAAGAGACACCAAACCCGUUCCUGCCGACGAAGCACCCAGUUACCGGCCGAUGGCACGACCCGAAAUACUCGAUGCGUCGGCAGGCUGAGCUUGUGAAGAUGGCGCGCGAGCACGGCGUCGAGGAACUGCUGCCCUACACCCCUAAGGGCACCGAGGUCAGGUUACGCAAGCGGGUCGAGCUGGGUCUCCGUGUUAGGGGUACCGGUGUCGGCCAGCAGGUCAAGGGCCACAAGCACGAGAGACAGUUGGGAGUCAAGUAUGAUGGAGAAGAGAAGACAGGCUAUGUUGGAGAUGCCGGAGCUCAUCAGAGAAUGGAAGAAGAUUACUCCGGCGGUACGGAUUACCAUCACCAAACUCAACACCAACUCAACUCGCCCACUCGAGGGGUACCAACACCGCUGAAGCCAUCCACCACAAUGCCACCAGCCCUUGUUCCAAACUAUUACGAAGUCCUCAACCUCUCCCAGGCAACGCUCUCCACCCACGACGAAGCCACAGCAGCAGCCCUGGUCAAGCGCGCAUACCGCCGGGCCCUUCUCAACCAUCACCCAGACAAGACUAAACACCAACACCAGCAUCAGAACCAGCAGCAGGGGAACACCACCGUUCCCACCUCAUUCACAGUAGACCAAAUCUCUUCCGCCUACGCCACCCUCUCCCGCCCCGGCCAGCGCAAAGCCUACGACCGGACCCUGCAGCUCCAGCGCCAGGCGCAACAGCAAGGACCCUCAACAGCCGGAGGAACGCCAUCAGAUUUCCAGACCGGGAUCGAGAACGUCGAUCUGGACGAUCUAGCUUCCGACGGCGAGGCGGAUGGGACGACCGGGUGGUACCGCGCUUGUCGGUGCGGCAAUCCGCGCGGGUACCACUUUACCGAGGCCGAUCUGGAGGACGCAGCGGACUUAGGGGAGCUGAUGGUCGGUUGUACGGACUGUAGUCUUUGGUUGAGGGUGCAUUUUGCUGUUGUGGAUGAUGCGGAGUGA